AUGCUUUUUAUUGGAAUUGUUGAUAUUAUUUGUCUACCCGUUUGUGCGUUAAUUCAUGGAUAUUUUGCUAUUACAGGUGCUGUUUUCUGUUCUCACCCAACGUUUAUUUACUUGGCUGGAAGCUUUGGAUUUUUUUUUUGGGUUAUUGAAAGCAGCGGAGAUAUUAUUUUAGCGGUUAAUCGUUGUGUAGAAGUAAUUAGUCCAAUAUGGGGGGAGAGACUUUACAACGGGAAAAGGGCCUGGUUGUGGAUGUUGCCCCCUAUGAUUUAUGGGCUAUACGUUCUUUUCUAUACCAAACCUAUUUUAUUUUCUGGAAUUUAUUUUGCUUGGUUUUUUAAUCCACAUGUUGGAUAUAUUGAUGACUUUGGCCUUGUGUAUAACAACCCAAUACAAACAUUUCACAACUGGCUAGUAACCUUCGGACUCUCAUCCUCCUAUAUUGUUUUCACCACUGUCUUUUUUAUGCGCGCAACUCGUGGUAACAACAGAACCUCUCUCGCACAAAAAAUGUCAUUCCUUCAAGUUUUGGCUAUUUCCAUUGUAAAUAUUGCUACUGGACUUAUCUAUAUUUAUAUGCAGGUAAAUAAUGAGGGAGAGGAAAGGGAUUAA